UGGUGAUUCAGAUGAAAAGAGAAUUGAUGACUUGCCAGUGUCUAGUGAUGAAGUUGAUAUGGUCAAUGGAGAUGGAGAUUGUGAAAAUAAUGAUACGGUGGUAGCUGAGCUUGUUGCUGAUGAAAUUGUAAACAAUGAGGGAUUGAAUGAUGAAAGGAACAAAGAUCGUGGUGAGGCCGUUGGAGAUAGAGUGAUGAUGAUCGACUUUAAUGAAAUAAAAAUGCGAAAAGGAAUGAAUUAUGGACUGUUGUCCAAGUACCAUUGUGAUGUUAAAUGUGGAUUGGAUAGUAGCAUGAGGCCUAAAACACAGAAAUCUUGUGAUGAGAAUCCAAUAGUGAUAUUGAAACUUGUUGGAUCAA